AUGGUUACAUACACUAUCUGCCGUACGCCGCCCCAGGCACGAUAUCUUUCUCAUCGAUAUGCGCGAAAAGCAUUGGCUAAAACAUCUAAGCCUGAAAAACUGGGACCAGGACAGGAACGUUUAUAUUCAUUCUAUGAACCUUCUAUGGUCGCGGGCUUACACCGUAUAUCAACAAAACAAGUUAUUGAAAUGGCUGAAGACACAAGUCAGAAGAAGGAGCUCGAUGAUUGGCAGGAUUUCAUUGUGGUCGCACCACGGUACAAGUUGCCCAAUGGCAGUGUGCAUUCUGUAUAUCCACCUCAGGGUCACACCGAAAACGUGGAAAUAUUGCCGCAUGUUGUCCUGAAUGAUCCCCAGCUUCCAUGGGCGAGGAGAGUUGUGAACAACAUAGAUCCCAAAGACCGUAACAGAGUUCCGUGGCUUGCCAUGCUUAUCUUUCGACAGGAGGAACUAAGAUAUCCCAAGGCUACCCAGCAGGGCAACACGUUAGCCGUUACCCUGACUCUGGGUGCUCUUGGAGACCUAGUGACGGCUAGUGACUCGGAUUGCACUAGCCCUGUUGUGAAGUCGGACGGUUCAACCUAUGAUGACGAUAGCAAAGACCUUGAGGCGGAUUUCAUUUUCGUGCCCAAAAACAUAUUUGAUGUCCUAUUCAAAGACGACGAGAAGGAAGAGACCCAGACUCUCUGCGACGUCUCACGUUACCAAUGGCUUGCACAUACGAGGAACAUCAACACAAUUGGGAUGGCUAACAGCGGCAUUGAUGGGGAAGAAGGAGUCUUCAGCGUUGUUAUUUCUCAGCGUGCUGGGCCACUGGACAUCACAGAGCCGACAGACUUGGUUGUUCAUCUUGUCAGCAUUGAGCACGUUUCAGGCAUGCCGUAUCCGGCACCAAAAGACAGGGUCACUCUAUGCAGUCUUGAGAGCUGGUCAUAUACCUGCCUUCCACCUGACUCAUUCAACGUCUACGAUGCUUUCCGAAAUAUCGGUCGAAAAAUCGAUGGUAAGCAUGAUGUCUUGCGCAUCGAUCUAACACAGUUUGGAAAGAGCCUUUCUGGAAAGCAGCUUCCAGACCGCCUCCGAGAUCGACUGGUAGACGGCUUUGUUAUGACAAAAUACCGAACUCAGACAGGAGAGGAGACUGCCGCAUGGGUACGUGGUCCGCUGGUGCCGACGUUGGUUAACCACGGCGAUGUUGAAACAUGCAUUUCCCACACUGGCACAGAUCUGCAGAUUAUGGACAGAGAGACGGGCAUCAUGGAUAUCACGUACAGUGUGGCUUGGCAACUGGGAAAGGCUCUGGCACUCGCAGAUCAGGGAUAUACCACAGCACUUGGACGCCUGCGUCUUACCAUCAGCCGUGCUGCUACUGACGAAACCAAAAAAUCAAUUCUCAAGGCUCAUGGCUCCUUUCAAGGUCAACACGAAACCCUCUGUCAGCUAGCUGAGUCUAUGAAAACGCUAAGGACUCUUCAGGAUGCUACAAGUCUCUCCCAUGGUCGUGAUGCCCGAUGGCUCCCAUCAUCCUUUGUAUCAGUUGAUAUGCCUCGGUGGAGCUCUUGUGUGCAGCAACACUUCCGUGGACAUGUGGCUCGUGAGACCGAGCGCCUGACAGUUUCAGCCUCCGACGAUUAUGUGUACAAUGAGUUUAACACACCCCUGAGUCCUGAUUGGAUGAUUGUCCUCUCUUGGAUUCUGGACCGCAUAUACCUGGCUGGAGUCCCAGCCCACUACUACAUACCUGAUCCUUCAUAUUUGCCCCAGGAGAGCCUCCGCUUCUUCCACAUAGACCGCUACUGGAUCGAUGCGCUCGUCGAUGGUGCACUUAGUGUUUCAAGUCACCUGCGAAACGACGAUGACAUCCGCCGAGAGCUCAAAAAAAUGAUCAAUAAAUAUUUGCAGCAAAAGCCAGAAGGAUUGCACUAUCCUCCGCAGCGUCCCGGAUACGGCUUUCUACUUCGCUCCGAGUUGUGCGUCAAAUUUCCUGACCUCAUCGUAGAAGCAUAUGCCCGUAACAAGGACGAGCCGGACCCAACAAUUAUUGUACGACAGGAAAAUAUUGCCGAAGGGGUGCUUCUUGUUAUGUUUGACAAGAAGCCUGGAAGCGAUUUCUUCGGAAAAUUAAUACUCCGUGAACCGCCACACCAACAGGCAUUUUGCUGCGGCGAGUCGCUGAAGCCUACAUACCUGGAGGUCCUUUAUAAGAAGAUCUAUACCAUCCCACUCGAGGAGCAGGCUAAGAGGUCCAAUCGUACCAGCCCUGUCGAGACGCUCAAACAUUAUCCUGAAGGGGGGGAUGACAAAGGCGGUUAUGAAGGCCCUAUAUUUACCUGGGCAGAGAACGAGACCAACGUUCAUGCCCUUCGUCUCCCCGCAUAUGUCCAACAAAUCCACAAUGUCCUCGGGGAAGAGCUGAAGGAAGAUUAUACUGAGACUGAGCCGACAGCCACACUCUUGGGCAUACAGCUCAAUCAUCCUAUGUUGUACCUAGAGAUUCAGAUGGAGCCCUCGUUGUUUACCACUUCUGAUCAAAACAGUGCCGAUGAUGGAAUGCUAGCCGGGUUGAGGAUGCUACGCUCUCCUGCAUCCCCCCUACCUAAGGCUUGGGACAACAGGCCUGAAGAUCAGUUGAUCUUUUCAUACUCAGCCCCUGUUGACUGGAAUGCUCCCUUCGUGGCGUGGGCAGAGGAGUCACCUGGCCGCCAGGAGAAUGCUCAAGGACAUGAUUUUUUCCUUCCGGCCCCCCAUCUCCGUCGUCUUGCACUUACAGACAGGGCACCAAUAACAAUUACAAAACCUCUCAAGGGAGAUCCGAGAGAUGGAGAAGUAGGGGUAGAGUCAAGAAUUGAGAACCUGCUUAUGGCCUAUAGCAUAUACUCGCUAGCAGACCCGUCCGUGAAAGACAAGCUGACGCGGAAAAAUUUUAAGCAAGAUCUCAUCUUUUCAUCCCGUCGAAACCCAGAUAAUGAUAAUUGGAUACUCAAACAAAUUACUAUCUCUUUCCCAUACGGUCAGCCCGAUAGGGGACGUGCCACGUUGAUGGACUUUUACGACGGUCCCGGGGCGACCAUGGUCACAGAUUUUCGGUUCAAUGUUGCACCUACCCUGUCCAAAAACACCGAGGAUAAGCUGGUAUUUCAUCUGACUAUUGCGCCCAGGGCUGGCAGUAUUGUUAUGCGUAACUUGACCAAUUUAAGCCUCAUUCUCAGCGGCGUCAUGCUUGCCGAUUAUACAAAAUGGUCAUUUGACAGGGGAGAUCCAGCUGUUGAAGUCAACAUUCAGGAGAUUUUUGUCGAUCGCAAUCCUCAAACAGCAAAAUUUUAUUUGCCCCUCAACAUCUGA